AUGAACGAACCUUUUGUUUCGUAUGCAGUGUCUGAAAUUCAUGGACGAACAUUUGGGGUUUGGACGCUUCUUACUUGCACUAUGUGUUUCCUCUGUGCAUUAAACCUCGACAACAAACCGCUUUAUCUUGCAACAUUUUUAUCCUUCAUCUAUGCGCUUGGUCACUUUUUGACAGAAUACUUGAUCUACCACACCAUGGCCAUUGGGAAUCUUGCAACUGUUGGUGUCUUUGCAGGCACAUCGAUAGUGUGGAUGUUGGUACAAUGGAAUGCCCAUGAACCUCAAACUCCAUUGAAGAAGGAUUGAAAAAGAAAAUGUAGAUGAUGACUCAAGGAUCUGGUGAUGAUAUUCAUUUGUAACUUUCCUUCCGUGCUAUAUCUUUUCGUGGUUUAAAACGUUAAAUUCUGAUGCGAUUUAUGUUGGAGAAAUUCUGCCAUUUUUUUUUUGGUGCCAAAGAUCACCUCUGAGUUGUGACUUAUUUAUGCAUUUGUACUACAGACAUCGAGUCCCAUUCCCACUAAUCAUAUUGAC